AAGCUUGUAAAUUACUCAUAUAUUUGACCCCAAAAAAAUUACUCAUAAUUUGUGCUAGGCUAUCGAAUUUCAACCCGCUGAAACCAAACUAGGUCAGGUGAAAUCGAUUUUAGUCGAUCCUCCAGCUUGGUCACAUGAGUCUAAUUGAAAUCAACAUUAUUUGUGGUAUCACAAUUCUGGAUAACUGGAAUCGAUCCUCGUUAAUAUGGAGCACAGAUAUCUUACCUAUAAUGUGUCUCCACGUGGCGGCUUCUCCAUCCUCUAGCAAUCUCAUCACAAGAUAAACCUUCUAUGCUCUACCCUCGAUCUUUACUCAUCAACAAAUCUCCACCGUCCGUUUUAUAAUUCCCCAAAACCUUAGCUUCUUCUUCUCCUCUCGUCUUCGAGAAACCACAAAUCGCUCUCUCUCUCUCUCUCUCUCUCUUUCUCUGCAAUGGCGUCUCUUCAGCAAACUAUGCUCUCUCUGCAGUCCAAACUUCCUCCAUCAUCUUUCCACAUCGGGGGAUCUCUUCCUAUGCGAAAGACAGCCUUACCACUUCGAAUCAGAGGCGGAAACGCGGCGGGAGCGAGAAUGUCAGCCACGGCGGCGGGAAGCUACGCGAUGGCUCUCGCGGACGUCGCGAAGAGGAACGAUACUCUCGAAUUGACGAGCGCAGACGUCGAGAAGCUCGAGAAGGUCUUCUCCGAUCCGCAGGUGCUCAACUUCUUCGCGAAUCCAACCGUCGAGCUCGAGAAGAAGCGUCUCGUGAUCGACGAGAUCGUGAAAUCGUCCUCUCUCCAGAGCCACACCUCCAAUUUCCUCAACAUCCUGGUCGACGCGAAUCGUAUCAACAUAGUGACCGACAUCGUGAAGGAGUUCGAGAUUGUGUACAACAAGAUAACGGACACGCAGUUGGCCGAGGUUAGAUCGGUGGUGAAGCUGGAGCCGCCGCAGCUUGCUCAGAUCGCCAAACAGGUUCAGAAGCUGACCGGGGCGAAGAACGUGAGGGUGAAGACGGUUCUUGAUCCGAGCCUUGUCGCUGGGUUUACGAUUAGGUACGGUGAUUCUGGGUCGAAGCUUAUUGAUAUGAGUGUGAAGAAGCAGCUUGAGGAUAUCGCUGCUCAGCUAGAACUCGGCGAGAUUCAGUUAGCUGCAUGAGAAAAUUGUAUUAUUGACAACAGCUUCUUUUUACUUGUGCAAGUUAAUUCUUUCUCUCUUCUUUUCUCCAUCAAUCAUCUCCAUAUAAUAUACUUAUAUAAAUAAUUCUCGAGUUAUUUUCAAUUA